AUGGCUGCUCAGCAUCGCUACUCCGCAGCCAUCAUCGGCCUCGGCUCCCGCGGCCAAAAGGCCUGGUUCGAAAGCCUGCGCUGCUCCCCCGACAUCUCCGUCGACGCCGUCUGCGACAGCAGCGCUGCCGUGCUCGCCGCCUUUUCCGCGCGGAGCUGCUGCCCGGCCUACCCGAGCCUCGAGCGCCUUUUGGAGCAUCACCGGCCCGACUUUGCCAUCGUCUGCGUCCCGAACCGCCACCACCUGGGCGUCAUCAAGCAGCUCGCGGCCGCCGGCGUGCCCUGCCUCAAGGAGAAGCCCAUCGCCGGCACCGUCGAGGAGUUCCUGCAGCUGCGCUCCUUGGCGUCGAAGGGCAAGAUCGGGGUGACGUUUCAGCGGAGGUGGCAGCCUAGGUACAGGCACUUCCGGAGACUGCUCGCCGAGGUUGGGAGGCCGCUGUCGGUGCGGGCGACGAUGGCGGGCAAGUACGAUCCGCCGAAGGAUGGAUGGCGAGUCCAGCACAACGUCGGUACCUUUGAUGAUCUAGGAGUACACAUGCUGGAUGUGCUUGUCUGGCUCUUUGGCCGUCCGUCGACCGUCUUUGCGCAUUGCUUGGCCGACGGUCAGCCUUCUGAGCGAGACCGCGAGUCGCAUGUCCUGAUGACCUGGCAAGAUUUCGAGCUUUCCGGCCACCUGUACGUGUCCGAAGUCGCUCUCGACAAGGAGGAAUGUCUACUUGUCCGUGGGACUCUGGGAUCACUGCAUCUGAGGGACCAGGAGAUUGUCCAUUACGAUUUCGGCGGUCGCCAGACCUUCAGAGUCGCCUUCCAGUCUCGUAAGCAGGAUGUCAUUGCAAGCAUGUGCCGAGACUUUUGCGACUACAUCUCUGGCGAGGAGAAGGAAUUCUCGACCUCGAUCUCGCAGAUGGAGGAUACCUUGCUCACGACGGAAGCAAUCAAUUCGUCUUUUGCUUCUCAUGCUUUGGAGAAGGUGGCCGAAGUGCGCGUGAUUGGCCGUCAAAACGGUCAUGCGAACGGGUACCAGAACGGGCAUGAGAAGGAUCAGAAUGGUCGUCAGAAUGGCCAUCUGAAUGGUCAUCACAACGGCUAUUGGAACGGCCACGGCCACGGCCAUCAAAAUGGCAAACUAAAUGGCUGCAAUGGCAAAGUUACCACUAUUCAGGGCAACGAAAUUCCCAAUUCCACCCCCUCCCAAAGCAAUGGUAGUCUCAAGCCUGUCGAUACCGAUGGCGGCCUCACUAUCCAGUCAGCCACAGAGUCCAACCACGCAGCGCCCAAGACCUUCCUGCUCAACAACGGAUACGAGAUGCCCGGUCUCGGAUUCGGGACCCGGAAGCCCAAGAAACCAAAUGAGACCUACGACGCGGUCCGAGAGGCGCUCAAGACGGGCUACCGACACAUCGACACCGCCUUUCGCUACAACAACGAGGAGCAAGUCGGCCAGGCCGUGCGGGACUCCGGCCUCCCUCGCCAGGCCGUCUGGGUCACCACCAAGAUUGACAACUCCUGGCAUCAUCGCGUCGCCGAGUCCGUCCGCAUUUCCCUGUCCAGGCUGGGCCUGGACUACAUCGACCUUGUUCUCAUGCAUUGGCCGUCGCCUGUCGAUCCGGAUGACACGAAACGGGCCCUUUCAGACUGGAACUUCAUCAUGACGCAAGACAUGCAGAAGGAGGUCCACGCCGGCCGCGUUCGGGCCAUCGGAGUCUCCAACUUUGGCAUCCGCAACAUGAAGAGACUCCUGUCUCACCCUAGCUGCACCAUCGUGCCUGCAGUGAAUCAACUCGAGCUUCACCCGUACUGCCCGUCGACAGGGCUGGUCGCGUUCUGCCGAGAAAAAGGCAUCCACUGCACCGCGUACUCGCCGCUCGCCUUUGGUCUCCGGGACCUCCACGGCCAUCCCGUCCUGGAAGAUGUCUGCGCGCGCACUGGGAAGACGACCCAGCAAGUCCUGAUACGAUGGGGCCUGCAGCGAGGCACGAGCGUGAUACCAAAGAGUGUCAGCCCGGACAGGAUAACGGCCAACUUUGAGGCGGCGGCCUGGGAGCUGUCGCCCGAGGACCAUGCCGAGAUCACCUCGAUUGAAGGAAGGUGCCGGGUGUACCCGGACGACUGGCUUCCGGCUCAGGUGUUUUGGGAAGAAGACGAUUGA